GCAAACCUUCUGACAGCAAACCAUAUCUUCUUCCUAGUACUCCCCUAGGACAAUGUACAAUGCUCCGCUCAUCCAUUCGAAUAGCAUGCAGGCUACAUCCUCGAUCUUUCUCCAAACCUCCUCUAUUCACUAUCCAGCGCUCAUUCCUCCACUCCACAGCAAGUAUAUCACUUCAACGCAAGACCAGCAGGCCAUCAUAUCACCAAGCGGUACCCGGCCUCAUUCUCAGCGAGGUUCAGAAUAUUUGGAGGAGACGGAGGAUAUGGGAGACCGAGCCCGGGACGUCCUCGUUCCACUCAACACCGUCGCGGCAUGGUGCACCCCUUGUGCCGAUCAUUUUGGGCAUUCUAAAGUCUUCCACUACGAUAGAGGUUGCUCGCGCAGCAGGUCGAAUAGCCCUCACAUUCAUCCCAUUGCUCUGGUUUCAGAACAAACGUACCCAACGGUACAUCGCACACCAUGCCAAGUUCCACGGUGAACCAGCGACAGAGGAGAAGAAGGCCAUGCUGCUGCAGAAGAUUAAAACACGUACCCUCCUCUUCCAGAUCCUACUCUCCGUCCCCAUAGCAAUCUUCUGGGCAGCAAUCUUCGCCAGCUUCGAGAGGACCCCGCUCACAGGCAGAUGGCGCAUGAUCAUCCUCUCCCCCGAAGAAGAAGACGAAAUAGCAGCCCAGCUCGCCGGCCCGAAAUGGUACCAAGCCGUCACCGAGGUCUUAUCAGCCGAAGGCACCGCGCCCAAGUUCAUCUCCCCGUCCGACUGGCGCUACCAGUGGGUGCAAAACACCCUGCGCUGCCUCGAGCGCGGCAUACCCAACAUCUGCAGCGAAGGCCAGCCGCAGAUGCAGUACUGGCUCGAGCGCCCCGACGAAGCUGCCCCCUUCCCCCCGCCCGCGCAGUAUCCGCUUCGCCCGCGCCCGCGCGCGUCGGAGCUCAUGCACUCCAUGUGCGAGACCAUGUGCGGGCGCAUGCCCGCCCCCGCACCACAUGUGCUGGCUGGCCCGCCGUACUCGCUGCUCAUUGUGGACAAGCCCGACGCGUCGAACGCGUUCUCGUACGGCUUCGGGCCGGACGGUGGGGGCGGGAUCGUGGUGUACUCUGGUUUCCUGGACGACAUCCUCUCGCGCGUCCCGAUGGGCCCCACUUCUCCGGCUUCUGAACAGCAGCCCUCGUCCUCGUGGUUCUCCUCCCUCUUCGGCUCGCUUUCCUCCGUUUCCAGCAACCCUACAUGGACGGGACCGACGCCCGAGCAGACCGCGGAGCUCGCGAUCCUGCUCUCGCACGAGCUCGCGCAUCUGGUGCUGUCGCACCACCUCGAGACGCUCUCCUCGGGCACGAUCAUCUUCCCCGCGGUGGUGAGCAUGAUCUCGGACGUGUUCAGGACGAUGCUGUUCCCCAUCACGAUGAUCUUUGGUCCGUUCGUCAACGACGCGGUCGCUGCGCUCGGCAAGAUGGGCUCGGGCGAGCUGACGAAAGUGGGAGAGUACUGUAAUAGCGUGAAGCAGGAGAUCGAGGCAGAUGUGGUUUCGGCCCGCCUCCUCGCCCACGCCGGCUUCGACGCGCGCGACGCCGUCACCUUCUGGGAGCGGCGCCACAGCAACACCAAGGCGACCGACUGCGGCUCAACCGUACGUCCGCCCGAGUCGCCCGUCAUUCAGGAGGCACGCACGCUCGCGCACCGCAUCGUCGGGCAGCGCCACCCCGUCGACGAGGUUCGCGUCGAGAAGCUCAAGGGCGAGCUCGUCCGUUGGGAACUCGAGCGCCGCGUUGCGCUCCGCAGACGCGAGCGGGGCGUGGAUGCGCCUGAGCCGGGGCCGCUGUUACGGAUUAUCUGAUUUUAAAUUCGGAUCCACUGGUCGAAGCGAUCGUGUUCACGGUCCGAUUUUCGUGGCCUUGCGUUCUCGGCUGGAUAUAUGGGUCUCUCGAACGCCGAACUUUUGUUAAGCCCGGCUUUAACUUCCUGUUGCUAUAUACUUUUAACCUUGAAUACUGUCGCUCCUUUUUGCAUAUAUACCAUUCUUCCCUCUUUUCUCGUACAGUAUCUUUCGCUCUUUAUUUAUUGUAGGACAUAGCCAUAGUGUAUUUAUAGAAGAUAAUAAAGAUCUUUCUCUACACCG